UAAUGCCCCUCCUUCAAGUAGUAGCGCCGGCGCCAGUGAAGCUAAGACAGUGCAACUUAUUAAUCAAGAACAAAAGCAACAAGCCAUUGCCCUUCCCUUCCCUGCAGCCACAUUAUCGUUAUUAUCAUUCAUCAUCUUUAGGUGGCAGCAUUGUUACUGCCAAUGCAAAUCCAAAUCUAAAUAUUCCAAACUGUGAUGAUCGGCAAAUCACAGUAACCAAAAGAAGAGGAGACCAUGGUCGUAAAAAACAUAACGGGGCACCGUUGUCCUAUGCCUCACAAUCACAAUCACGAUCAGAGAAGAUCGAUGUUAAUAUUGAUGGACAAUCCCUGAAUAGAUUUCAGAUUGGCGGCCGCUUUUCUAAACAAUGGGACGCUUUUCAUCGCUUUUGUCGUCCUCAUACUGUAAUCGGCACUGUUAUAGGUAUAUUAUCGGUCUCUCUUCUUCCAUUGGAACAAAUUGGGGACUUGUCUCCUGCAUUUUUUAUAGGAAUACUGAAGGCAUUGGUUCCCUCGGUGUUAAUGAACAUCUAUGUGGUGGGAUUGAAUCAAGUGUUUGAUGUCGAAAUAGACAAGGUUAACAAACCUGAUCUCCCACUAGCUUCUGGUGAAUUCUCUAUGGGAACUGGGAUCACAAUCGUUUCCACAGUUUUGCUGAUGAGUUUUGCUAUGGGAGUUAUGUUCAAGUCUCCACCUCUGUUCUCUGCCCUUGCCAUUAGCUUUUUUCUUGGAAGUGCUUAUUCCAUUGAGCAUCCGCUGCUCAGGUGGAAGAGACAUGCAAUUCUUGCUGCUGCUUGCAUCCUAAUUGUGAGAGCUGUCGUCGUCCAGCUUGCCUUCUUUGUACACAUCCAGAAGUAUGUGCUUGGUAGAGAAAUUUCAAUUACAAGACCAUUGGUAUUUGCAGUGGUUUUCAUGUGCAUCUUCUCCUCUGUUAUUGCGUUGUUCAAGGAUAUACCUGAUGUGGAUGGUGAUAGAGAUUUUGGUAUCCAAUCUUUCAGUGUCAGCCUUGGGCAAGAAAAGGUGUAUUGGGUUUGUGUAAAUAUGUUGUUACUGGCAUAUGGGGCAGCAGUGGUGAUUGGAGCCUCUUCUUCCUUCCUACCAAGCAAGGUUUUCACUAUAAUAGGUCAUGGUGCACUGGCUUCCCUUCUGUGGCUUCGAGCUCAAUCAACAGAUAUAGCCAAUAAAGCCUCCCUAACUUCUUUUUACAUGUUCAUUUGGAAGCUGUUUUACGCCGAGUAUCUGCUUAUUCCUUUUGUACGUUGAGAAGAAGAUCGAAUUGUGGCUGAUACUGUGCUGCUGCUGCUGCUGCUUCUGUUAUGUGUCACUCCAAUUUGUCUAGUUUCAAGAGCAAGAGAGCAAUUGACCAUGAAACACAACUCCAGUUGCGCUGAUUUCCUCCCAUUUGACUCUUUAAAUGCUUAUCUUUGUGCACUAUUGUUGUUUCUUUUGUCUCAAAUUCUAAAAACUUCAAUUUUUCGUAACUCAAUUCCAAUAUAUCACUAUUGUUGUGUAGGCUUUAAACUAUAAAAUGCUUACUUUUGA